AUGUGCCUGCCCUACCGUUGCGACGAUGGCACUUUGACUGACGAAAGCCCCAUCAAGAGACUGUCCGAUCUUUUUCUCGCGGCAGGCAAGGUGACGGGACGUCGCAUGGAUCUGGCUUGGACCUACGGCAAUUACAUGCGUAAUGCUGGCUUCGUGGACGUGGUUGAGACACAGUAUAAGUGGCCCAUCAACGGCUGGGCCCGUGAUCCGCACUACAAGACGCUAGGGGUUCUGACGCAGCACAACCUGGAUCACGGAUUAGAAGGGCUCACACUUGGUUUGGCCACGAGAAACAUGGGGUGGACCAGACAAGAGACGCUCUUGUUUUGCUCCGAAGUGAGGAAGGCGCUGAAGAGUCACGGAGUCCAUGCUUACGCUCCCAUAUACGUUGUUUACGGAAGGAAGCCCGAAAAGGCAAUCUCACGAGCUCAGAGCCGCGCCAAUGUGCCUUCAGGCAUACAUUAG